AUGAUCAACGUUUAUCAAGAUCAUGUUGCCAACACCGGGAGCAGGGACUACCCCGGAAACAUCUCAGGUGAGGAUGAAGAUUGGACGUUAGAUACAUUUAAAAAGAACUUCGAUAUCGACAUUUCUUUCCUCACCGACAACGAAGCCAACUUCGACCUGAAAGGUAUUGAUACGUCUUUGGCCAAUGCUUUCCGCCGUAUAAUGAUUGCCGAAGUUCCCAGUGUCGCUAUCGACAGUGUAUUUAUUGAGAUGAACACCUCUGUCAUUCAGGAUGAGGUUCUUGCAUCCCGCAUAGGACUGGUCCCUCUGCGUUUGUCACCGGACUGGUUGGACUGGGUUGAUCCUACUCAGGAAGCCGUCGACGAAAACGGCGAAAGUCAACUAAACAACUCCCGCAACACUGUGAUUUUCUCCCUCAAUGUCAAGUGCGAGCGCAACAAGAAUGCACCGGCUGGUAGCGAAGAUCCUAACGAGCUGUACAUCAAUUCUAAUGUCUAUGCCCGUGAUUUGAAGUUUCAGCCUCAAGAAGGACAACUCGAAUUCAUGGACCCUCCUCCUACCGUCGCAUCCCCCGACAUUCUUCUUUGCAAACUUCGUCCUGGGCAGGAAAUUUCUCUGUACUGCUUUGCAGUGCUCGGCGUCGGCAGUGACCACGCCAAGUUUAGUCCUGUGAGUACUGCCUCUUAUCGUCUUAUGCCCUCUAUCACCCUCACUGAAGAUAUCACUGGUGAAGAAGCUGAAAAACUCAAGAAGUGCUUUUCUCCUGGCGUCAUUGAUAUCAAAAACAAUAAGGCUGUAGUUGUCGAUCCAAGACGUGAUACAGUCUCGAGAGAGGUCCUGAGGCAUCCGGAAUUCAGAGACAAGGUUCAGCUCGGCCGUGUGCGGAACCAUUUCAUUUUCAACGUGGAGAGCACUGGCGCCAUGGAACCGGACGAGAUCUUUGUGAAGAGCAUCAAUCAAUUGCGCAACAAGGCCAAAGAUCUGUUGGCAUGUGAGCUAUAA